AUGAGUACGGUCGAUAAGAUGCUGAUAAAGGGAAUCCGGAGCUUCGACCCGGAGAACAAGCACGUCAUCACCUUCUUCAGGCCUCUUACCCUAAUCGUCGGCCCCAACGGCGCCGGCAAAACUACGAUUAUAGAAUGCUUGAAGGUUGCAUGCACUGGGGAGAUGCCACCGAAUGCAAGGUCUGGGCACAGCUUCGUCCAUGAUCCCAAGGUAGCAGGGGAAACUGAGACAAAGGGACAAAUUAAGCUCCGAUUCAAGACUGCUGCUGGUAAGGAUGUGGUAUGCAUCAGGUCGUUUCAGCUGACGCAGAAAGCGUCGAAGAUGGAGUAUAAGGCAAUCGAGAGUGUGCUUCAGACAAUCAAUCCGCACACUGGAGAGAAAGUUUGCCUUAGCUAUAGAUGUGCUGAUAUGGACAGGGAAAUCCCUGCAUUGAUGGGUGUCUCAAAGGCUGUUCUGGAGAAUGUCAUAUUUGUUCACCAAGAUGAAGCUAACUGGCCCUUGCAAGACCCUUCUACAUUGAAAAAGAAGUUUGAUGACAUAUUCUCUGCCACACGAUAUACCAAGGCCUUAGAAGUCAUCAAGAAACUCCAUAAGGAUCAGGCUCAGGAAAUUAAAGCUUACAAGCUAAAAUUGGAGAAUCUUCAAACCCUGAAGGAUGCUGCAUAUAAGCUCCGGGAAAGCGUUUCUCAAGAUCAAGAAAAGACGGAAUCUUUAAAUCUACAAAUACAAGACUUAGAAAAUAACCUUCAAAAUGUGGACGGAAGAAUCCAUGACACUGAAGCAACACUUAAGGAGGUGAGGAAACUAAAGGAACAGAUAUCCACUAAGAAUGCAGAAAGAGGAAUUCUGGUGGAGGAGAUGGAACGGCAGCUUGCUGCCCUUGAUGCAGAAAUCACAGAUGACGAUGAGACAUUGAUUGGUUGCAAAAACACUUUUGACGAAUUUGUGGCCAACCUCAACACGAAAAUUAGCAAAUUGGAGAGAGAAAUGAAUGAUUCAGAAGUCAAAGCAUCCUUUCUUAAGAAGAAUGUCAAUGAAUACAUCCGAGAGAUUAGUAGGCUUCAGGCUGAAACCGAUGCUCACAAUUCCUUGAAGUACGAAAGAGAUUCUAUAAUCCGAAGCCUUUGUACAAGAUAUAAUUUGGGCUCUUUUCAAGACACCCUAUUAAGUGAUGAGAUGGCUUGGAAUCUCACUGACCGUCUGAAAUCAAGGUCAGUGAAUCUUGAAAAAGAUUUACAAGAGAAAAAGAAAUCAAAUGAUAACCAAGUCAAUGCAGCAGAAAAUAGCUACUGGGAUGCAAAUAAGCGUUGGAAAGACACUGAGUCUCAAGUACAGGCUAAAGCUCAAAUAAAGAAUAGUAUUUCCAAUCGGAUUAAGGACAAGGAACCUGUGCUCGCGUCUUACGAGGAAAAGAUAUCUGAUGUAAAUUUUUCUCGUAUUGAAGAAAAGGAAAAGAAUAUGCGAAUAGAGAUUGAAAGAAAGACUAAUCAGCUUGCUGAACGAGAGUUUGAGUCAAAUAUACGCCAGAAACAAAGUGAGUUCUAUGGUAUUGAACAACAAAUUAAGGCACUUAAUCGGGAGAAAGAUGUCUUGGCUAGUGAUUCUGAGGACAGAGUUAUGAUGUCUCUCAAGAAGGCGGAAUUGGAUAAUCACAAAAAGAAGCAUAGAAGAAUAAUUGAUGAAUACAAAGAUAAGAUCAGAGGAGUGCUAAAAGGGAGGCUUCCUGUUGAUAAGGAUCUGAAGAAGGAAGUUACUCAAGCCUUAAGGACUCUUACUGGUGAGUUUGAUGACUUGAAUUCCAAAACCCGUGAAGCGGAGAAGGAUGUGGAAGUGCUGCAAAUGAAAAUCAAAGAGACUGAAAAUAAUAUCUCCAGACUCCACAAAGAUAUGGAUGCUCGAAAGAGAUCUAUCGAAUCCAAGCUGCAGUCAUUGGAUCAACAAUCUUCCACCAUUGAGUCUUACUUUAAAGCUUUGGAAUCAGCAAAGGAGAAAAGAGAUGUCCAGAAAAGCAAGUAUAACAUUGCUGAUGGCAUGCGUCAAAUGUUUGAUCCUUUUGAACGAGUUGCCCGUGCUCAUCAUCUCUGCCCUUGCUGCGAGCGUCCUUUUUCUCCCGAGGAGGAAGAUGACUUUGUCAAAAAGCAAAGAGUUAAAGCUGCAAGUUCUGCAGAGCACAUGAAAAAGUUGUCCAUUGAUUCUUCAAGCGCAGAUUCUAUCUUCCAGCAGCUGGACAAGCUCCGUAUAGCAUAUGAAGAGUAUGCCAAACUUGGCAAGGACACAAUACCUCUGGCAGAGAAAGCUCUGCAUGAGCUAAAAGAAGAGCUUGAUCAGAAGUCUGAGGCCCUUGAUGAUCUUUUGGGAAUCUUGGCCCAGAUCAAGGCUGAUAAAGACUCUGUUGAUGCAAUAGUGAAACCUAUUGAUACUGCGGAUAGACUUCAUCAAGAAAUUCAGAGUUUGCAAAAGCAAGUUGAUGAUUUGGAAUACAAGCUUGACCUACGCGGACAAGGUGCCAGGUCUAUGGAAGAAAUCCAGUCUGAACUUAAUGCUUGUCAGAGUACAAGGGACUCCCUGCAGAGUGAACUGGAAAAGUUAAGGGAUGAGCAAAGGUAUAUGGAAAACGAUCUGCAGAACAUACAGCUUCGCUGGCAUGGUCUAAGGGAGGAAAAGGUUGAAGCAUCAAACCUAUUAUGUAAUCUCAAAAGGCUAGAGGAAGAAUUGGAAAAGUUGGCUGAGGAAAAAAAUCAAGCUGAGCUUGAUGAGAAGCAUUUAGCAGCAGCUCUUGGCCCUUUAUCAAGGGAGAAGGAGAAACAACAGAGUGACCAUAAAGAACUGAAAAUCAAACUUGAGCAGGAGUAUGAAGAACAGAGAAAAGAAUUGGAUGAGUAUCAGAUGGAAGUUGACACAGUGCUGAAAACCAUGUCUAAAAUUAAGGAGUACUAUGAUUUAAAGAAGGGCGAGAGACUGAAAGAGGCGCAAGAAAAGCUAUCUAUAUCUGAGUCUCAACUUGAAGACUGCGAGACAGUGAAAAAGAAACAUUCAAAUGAUAUAAGUACGUUAAAGGGAGACUAUGACAAACAAGAGAAACUUAGAAGAGAAAUCGAAGACAACUUAAAUUAUAGGAAAACCAAGGCUGAAGUCGAGAGGCGUACUAACGAGAUCGAAACAUUGGAAAACACAGUGUUACAAAUGGGUGGAUUCUCGAAGUUUGAAGUUGAUCUGAGAAAGCUUUUACAAGAUAGGGACCGGCUUCUGUCAGAGUUGAAUAGAUGUCGAGGAACCAUGUCUGUCUUUCAAAGCAACAUCUCGAAGAAUAAAGUUGAGCUUAAACAGGCCCAUUAUAAGGAUAUAGACAAGCGGUACUUUGAUCAGCUACUACAGCUCAAGACCACUGAAAUGGCCAAUAAGGACCUAGACAGAUACUAUAAUGCUCUUGACAAAGCUCUCAUGCGGUUCCACACCAUGAAAAUGGAGGAAAUCAACAAAAUCAUCAGGGAAUUAUGGCAACAAACCUAUAGGGGACAAGACAUAGAUUACAUACGAAUACAUUCAGAUGCUGAAGGUUCCGGGACUCGUUCUUACAGCUACAAGGUGCUCAUGCAGACCGGUGAUACAGAGCUUGAAAUGAGAGGAAGGUGCAGUGCUGGCCAGAAGGUGCUUGCAUCUCUCAUCAUUCGGUUAGCUUUAGCAGAAACAUUCUGCCUCAACUGUGGAAUACUAGCACUAGAUGAGCCCACGACAAACUUGGACGGCCCAAAUGCCGAGAGUCUCGCAGGGGCGUUGCUAAGAAUUAUGGACGAUCGAAAGGGGCAGGAGAACUUCCAGCUGAUUGUGAUUACUCAUGACGAACGUUUCGCUCAUCUGAUUGGGCAGCGGCAGCAUGCUGAACGAUAUUAUAGAGUCGCAAAGGAUGACCACCAGCACAGCAUAAUUGAAGCUCAAGAGAUCUUCGAUUGA